UUUUCACCCCUCAUCUCUGUCCCGAUAACCCUCACCCUCGUCUCUCUCCUGAACGGCGUCCCACGGCGGACAUCGCGCGGUGCGCACUCUCCCUCCCUGCUCGACACCGUGCCGGCGCCCCUCCCCACCUAGGCAGCAGGACGGCGACGCCCGACGAAGCCUCGGUCUCCCCUGCUCGACGCCGGGCGGCGCGUGCCGACGCCCUCCCCGUCGUGGCCAGUAGGACGGCGGCGCUCGACGCCCCCGUCCCCUCCCCGCUCGACGCUCCCUCGGUCUCCCCUGCUCCGUCGGCGCCUCGGAUUGGUACCUCGGCGUCCCGAUCCGCCUGAGGUCCGCGUCUUCCGAGUCUCUGGUGAGAAAUUUCUCAAGCUGCACACCAGGAGCUGGCACGUCUGGCCGGUGUUCGAUGCAGAUGCGGUGGAUUUCUAUAAUCUUGAACUGAGCAGCACCAAUAGUCUAGACAAUACUGAAGUUGCUGCCUCCAUUUUCAGAAGGUUCACGAGAAAGUUGAUUUUGAGUCCCGCUUCCUCUGAACCUCCACACCACUGCAAAACUAUGCUCGCUGUGGCCAAUGUCGCUUUCCCUCCCGUGUUUUCGCCUCGUCCGUUCAAGAUGACAAGGAGGUUUUCUUGGAGAUAUCGAGCAGAACGGGUGUCAGCUGGGUACUCCCAGUUGGAGGUGAACUUUUUCCUUGCCCCUCUUGUGGUUAGAAAAGUCAGCUACCGACCUCCUGGAACUGAGCAAAACUUAUUGAAUGAGACUAGUCUCUCUCUUCGGGAGAAAAGUUUUGGUUUGAUAUUUGGACGGAGUGGGAGCGGAAAGACCACUCUUUUACAGCUUUUGGCCGGUCUGUCAGAACCUACAUCUGGUUCAAUUUGCAUUCAGAAGUAUGAUGAUAGUGGAAAUCCAAUUGGUCUGUCGGAAGUGUUAGCUUCUCAAAGAGUUGGUAUUGUAUUUCAGUUUCCUGAGAGGUACUUCUUAUCAGAUACUAUACUUGAAGAAGUUACUUUUGGAUGGCCAAGGCAAAAGGCAGACAUUCUUUUAAGGGAGCAACUCACUUUAAAACUUCAGAAAGCUAUUAACUCUGUUGGUCUAAGUGCCAUUUCAUUGGAUAAGGAUCCACAGUCUCUCAGUGGUGGGUUUAAGCGGCGACUUGCUUUGGCAAUUCAGCUGGUUCAAACUCCUGAUUUAUUGUUGCUUGAUGAGCCCCUCGCUGGUCUUGAUUGGAAAGCUCGGGCUGAUGUUGUGAAUCUCCUAAAGGACCUAAAGAAAGACCACACGAUACUGGUUGUGAGUCAUGAUCUAAGAGAACUAUACCCGCUGGUGGACCGCUCGUGGAGAAUGGAGAUGGGGGGAGUUUUGAAGGAGGAACCUUUACCUGUAUAGAUUAGAAACUUGUUUUCCCCUUGUACUUCCGUAGGCAGAAUCCAGCCAAACGAAAAACUCAAAAGGGAAUUCUUGUCUGCAGCUGGAAUGCUAUGCUGACCCAUUUGUUGUUGCGGUCACAGGAUCAUAGCUGGCUGGAAAUGUUAAUGUGACAUUUGAAUGAGUAUAAGGCACAUGUUACAAAAUCUA